GAAGUAAACCCCCACCCUCGAUUCCUUAGCAGCUGGAGGUCUUCUUUUCGCGGCUACCUCCCUGCAGAUCUCGUCGCUAGCGUCAGCAGUAGGAGCUCCGAUGUCGGUAAGGACAGUGAAAGUCAGCAAUGUUUCUCUGAGUGCAUCAUUGCAUGAUAUUAAAGAGUUCUUCUCCUUUUCUGGGGACAUCGAAUAUGUUGAGAUGCAAAGUGCGGAUGAAUGGUCUCAAAUUGCUUAUGUUACCUUCAAAGAUUCACAGGGAGCAGAAACAGCUCUUCUUCUCUCAGGGGCAACAAUAGUUGAUCUCUCUGUCAUUGUUACACCUGCUCCAGAAUACCAAUUACCUGUAACUGUUUCAGCUCCUACUGUGAAUAAAGAGGUCAAAGUGACUGGUGGUGGUGAAUCUGCUUCUCAUAAAGCAGAAGAUGUUGUCACCAGUAUGCUCGCCAAGGGCUUUAUUCUAGGCAAAGAUGCUAUCGGCAAAGCAAAAGCUUUCGAUGAGAAGCACCAACUCACAUCCACAGCUAGUGCCAAGGUUUCAUCAUUCGACAAAAAAAUUGGCCUGACUGAGAAGAUCAGCAUGGGUACUUCAGCUGUCAAUGAAAAGGUCAAGGAAAUGGAUCAGAAGUUCCAGGUCUCCGAGAAGACUAAGUCAGCCUUUGCUGCAGCUGAGCAGAAAGUAAGUGUUGCAGGAUCUGCAAUCAUGAAGAACAGGUAUGUCUUCACCGGAGCAUCCUGGGUAACUGGUGCAUUCAACAAAGUUGCCAAGGCUGCAAGUGAUGUGGGAUCGAAGACGAAAGAGAAAGUUGCUGCUGAACAGGAACACAGAAUAUAAUUGAUACACGCCUUGAUAGUAUCUUUGAGACUUUUUAAAGGGUUGUAGCAGUAGAGCAUCCUGCCUGCCCAGCAUCCACCUGUUCAAGUAUCAAUUCCUUGAUCUCGUUACAUUUUCUACAGAACGGAGUCUUGCCUUUGAAGAAGAUAAGCCAAUUUUAUUCCAUGUUGUGAUGCAUAUUGAACAAAAUAGUCCUAUACCUUGUGUUUUGAUACAUUGUUUCUGAGCAUAUCUGUAAGGAUUUUGUGCCUACACACUGGUGUCCAAACAAUGUUGCUGAAUGAUACCAAAUAAACCCAUAGAGUUCAUUGGUAUGUC